CUUAAUCCCAGCACUCGGGAGACAGAGGCAGGGAAAGAGAGAGAGAGAGAGAAAGCAGGACCCGGGUAGCCGGCUUCGCCGUCCUGCACAGAUCCUGCGGUGCUCGGGGGAAGCCCGGCUGCAGCCGAGCGGCCGUGGCGGUGAGUCAAGGACGUUUGGGUCCGUAUUAAACUUGCCCUGGCCGGCCAGCUUUGGAAAAGCACCUGAGCUCAAGAGAUGGCGUCUGCGAAUACUUUGUGUCAAGGCGGGGAGAGCAAAGGAGGUGUUCUAGCUCACCUGGAAAGACUAGAGGCUCAAAUGAACAGAUCAAGGAAAAAGUCUGAAGAUCCGACAGUUCACACAAAGGAAAGUUCUCUUAGAACCAGGAUUCAGGAACUGCGGAAGCAGCGAGAUGAGCUGAGGGCUGAAGUGAAGCGGCGGCGGCAAGCUAGAGUUAAAGCAUCUUCGGCCAGUGAAGACCCAAACAGCAAAGUAGAGAUCAGUGAGCAAGAGGCCUUGGAAAGGCAGUGGGGAAACAUGAAAGCCAUUCUGCAGGCCUAUCAUUUUACAGGACUCAGCGGGAAGCUGACCAGCCGAGGAGUGUGUAUGUGCAUCAGCACUGCCUUUGAGGGGAAGCUGCUGGACUCCUACUUUGUAGACCUCGUCAUAGAGAAACCACUCCGGAUUCACCACCACUCCAUCCCAGUCUUCAUCCCUCUAGAAAAGAUAGCCAGAGCAUCCCUACAGACUGACAUCCAGCACUUCCUGUUUAGUCUCUGCGAGCACCUAAACGCCUACGCGGGAAGGAAGUACCAGACAGACCAACUUGAGACGGACUUCAGUGCCUUCCUCACUGGACCUCUGCAGAGAAACGCCCUGUGCAACUUGCUUUCGUUUACCUAUAAAGUGGAUCAGGGGCGCCAGACCUUCUCCUUUAGUGUCAGACUGCUGUAUGAGGACCUCACAGCAACUCUUCCCACGGAUGUCACUGUGACGUGCCCAGAGACAGAAGCGCCACCCCCUCACUGGGAAGAGCACAGAGCAUCCCAUGACAUGCUCUUUCGCACCAAGCCUCUGCACCAGGUGUUUGCUUCAUUUUCAAAAGAAGUUGAAGAGCUAGAUUUGAGCCUGGUCUCCUGGGAAAGACUACCUGGGACACAUCUAAAGUGAUCAUAUUCAUGCUGCCUGCAGUCCAGGACCUGUCAGCAAAAGCUGUGGAGAGAGAGCGCUUGCCUGGAUACCAUCCUUGUCAUGAUUCUAGAUGCCCAUGCUGUCAGGAUGACAAGGAGUUUGUUGUGCGUGUCUCUAGACACCGGGCGAUUUGAACAGGUCCUUGGUUGCCUGGUCACUCAGUACAGUACUCCAGAGCAUCUCUUCUUAUGUAUGUAUUCUCUCUGAAAAUCAGCUAAAUUGGGAGUAAUUAAAGACAUUUUGUGAGCAUCUCUAGCUUUGGUGGGAGCUGUAAAUCUACCAUAGGGCUUGUGUCUAAGAAGGGAAAGUGUUUAAUCUUGGGUUUGGGGUAGCAUGUUGUAGGGAUAAGCCCUCCCCUUGGGGACGGGCUGCCCUCGGGCGUAUGUUUACUGAUAAAUUGGGUGCGCAGACGCUGCUCGCCCCUUCCUGCUUGCUCCGGGUACUCCGCUGGAACCUUGGUUUCGUGAGUCUGGUUUUGUCAUUAAACUUGUUCAAAUACCUAU